GCUGUAGUUCAGAGACAAACACAACUCUCAGCGCGCGGCGACGACUCGUCUAAGUUUUUCCGCGUGUAACAUUUUAUCAAUGUGAGAGUGCAAGGUAAAACCGGUUUCCUGGACCUCGAUGUGAGUUAUCAUGGAACAAGAGGAGAGCAAAAUCUCGGUGUGGGUAUGCCGGGAGGAGAAGCUGGUGUCCGGACUGUCCAGACGCACCACCUGCGCGGAUGUAGUGAAAGUGCUGCUGGAUGACAAGAACUUCCAGAAAGGCGCGAUUCUCACCGGUCCUCCGCAGUCGUACUGCAUCGUGGAGAAAUGGAGGGGUUUUGAGCGGAUUCUGCCCAAUAAAACCAAAAUCCUGCGGCUGUGGAGCGCCUGGGGCGACGAGCAGGAGAACGUGCGCUUCGUUCUGGUCAGGAGCGAUGCGUCGCUGCCCAACAGCGGACCGAGGAGCGCCGAGGCGCGGGUCGUGCUCAGCAAAGAGAGCCCUUGCACUACCAGAGCCACCAUGGAGAUUUCACAGGACAAACAGCGGAGGAUUGUGCGGAAGGCUUUUAGAAAGUUGGACAAAAUUAAUCGAAAGAAAGAGGAGGCUUCAAAAGACAAACCAUCUGCGGAGAAAAUGGAAACGCUCGUCCAUCUCAUUAUCUCGCAGGAUCAUACUAUCCGACAGCAGAUACAGCGAAUAAAAGAGCUGGAUGGUGAGAUCGAGAGGUAUGAAUCGAAAGUUCACUUUGACAGAAUGAAAAUACACGGCGUAAAUUACGUGCAAGACACUUAUUUGCUCGACCAAGGCUUGGAUAGCGAUUCCAGUGCGCACCCGGACGCGUCCUUUGCGCAGUUUGAGGAAUACGCGUCACGCUGCGACCAAGUCAUUCAACUUCAGGAGGAACUGGCCGAGAGGGAGGCUCUGAUGGAGAUACUUACCGGUGAAAUACAAGAAGAGCUCAACCACAGGUGGAUGAGACGGCGACAGGAGGAGCUUUCCAACAAAGACGCGGAGAGCAGCGAAGAAACGGCUCUCAAGGUGACUUCGGUCCCAGUUGUGCCGGACCUCCUAACAGACAAUGAACUCCAGUUAGAGGAGGAGAGGAUCAAAACACAACUGGAUACGAGUUUAUACAUCGGGCUGCGCUUGAACACCGAUCUGGAGACGGUGAAGAGCGACUUGGAUAUGAGUCAGGAGCUUUUGGACGCGAAAGAAAAGGAGUUGAUGGAAUUACUCAAAAAAGUUAACAGAUUAGACGAGAUGGAAGAGAAACAGACUGAAGACAGCAAAGAUGAGGGAGAAACCGUAGACAAUGUUUGGGUAGAGCAGGCGAGGGGACUGUCCAAAACAUGCACCAAUGAUGAUGAUUCGGACACCGGAUUGAGUUCAAUGCACAGCCAGGACUCGGAUAACGCGCCUGUCUGCGAGUCACUUGUGUGACCAGACGAUUAAGAAGCAUUCACUACGGCGCGAACUCAGGGAACAUUUCACCUCGAUUGAUUUCACGAAUGUUCUCUCUUUAUAAGAGAGGAACGCAUGUCAAUUAUACCAGUCUAGUGUUAUGAUCGCCUCGCUCUCUAACUGCCUCACGUACUGUAUAAACACAUGGAGAGUAGCUUGUAAGGUGCAGCUUACCAAAUUAUAACUAAUUAACCAAUGCAUAGCCUGAGAUGUCCACUGUGUGCUGAAUAAUGUUGCAAUACCAACAGUAUGUAUUUGUUUUGUUUUUGUUUGUUUUUGUAGCCUUAAGUGUAAAAGCUAGCAACAGAGUUUUGUGGAUUUUUAUUUCUUACCAACUGUUAUAUAAUUUAUUCAAAAUUUACAUUGUUUCUAUUCUGGGAAAACACAACAAAACUGAUGGCUCGUCGUGCACUACACAGAUUUUUUAUCUAAUCAGGUGUUCUCUAGAAAUAAGCAAAUAAAACAUCAUUGGAAUUCGUAGCUGAUGCAUCUGAAGUCUAUUGGCUUUUUAAAAAUAAAAACAUGAGCCUUUCAAUAUGCCACACCCACAAUUCCUUUUUAACAGGAAAUACAGAGGAAGAAAUCUGACCGGUGCAGCUGUAGUUAUGGCACAAACAUGAACCAUGAUUUGCUAGUUAGUUGCAGGUGGUGUUAUGAGGCGGGGAAUUCUGAGUCUAUAGCGCAUCUAACUGGACAAAAAUCAGUGUAGUGCGGGAUGAGUCAUCAGUAUUUUUGGUCAGUUUUUUUUUCUCAACGUUUAGCAUAUAGAUUUCCUAGAAUUAAUGCACAUGGACUAAAAACAAAAAAACUCUAAUUUUGAUUUAGGGUCUUGAGAAUUAUUUAUUGUACAACAUUUAGGCAGAUCAAAUAUCUGCAUUGAGCAACUAUGUGCUAAUCACUUCCAUGUUCACCAGCUGACUAAUUAGAACAAUUCGCUAACAGCUUUUACUCAAGGAAUCGAUUUGCAUAACCAGAAAACAUCCUGUGAUGUGGGAACUGAAGUUGUGGGAAUCAAAAGGUGCGUGUGACGCGCUGCUGUUUAUUAAUUCUUCUGAGGAGCUGAUGCGUGGAAACGCUCCAAUUAAAUGAAAUGUACAGUCUUCUAGACAUACUGGAAUUUGCUGUUAAGUCAUUUCUGCUUUUUUUUCUUUAUACACAUUUUUUUUUGUCACAAGGGACCUUUUAGGAUCAAAUGAUCAUCUUGUCAUUGAAUAAUCAUACAGUAUAUAUGAUUUCUCUAUGGCAACUAAUAGCAAAAUUAUCAAGUGGAAUGUUUUUGAAUGCUGUUGUAGCAUUUCAUCUAAAUCUGUGGAUAAUUUAUUAAUUCUAUCUUUAUAUAAAUUAGAAUUAACUUCAGAAUCAAACUUUAAAAUUAAGUGUAGUAUAAAUGCAUUAUAAAACAGUCAUAUACUCACUUAAAGCAUGCCAGAAAUGGUACAUUUUGCUCCAGUAUAAACUCAGCAUCAUAACCAACACAGAGUUUUGUAAAUUUAGGCAGGGCAUCCAUCCAAUGCAAUGCAGCAGAGUCACCGAGUUCAGGGAUUCUGUGCUGUAUGAAGAGGAUUUAAGAGUUAAGCCUUAAAUGUGAUGUUUUAAAACAGAGGAAGAAAGGGGAAAGAACCGCCCUCCCACUUCAUUCUCAAUUGAGUUUGAAUAGAUGAAUUAUGACAUUUGGAAAAGCCCUAAUAUGUCAGCUCCCAGAUAAAAGAGGCAAGUCUACAAAAAAAGAGCAUUUUAUGUUCCAUCUCUUCAAAUUUUAAUCAUAUAAACAUCAAAUUAAAGUUGAAUAGAAGUCCUCUGUUUAUGCUCUAUGAUUUAUGCUCUAAAAUAGAGCAGUUUAUAUUUUUGAUAAAUAAUUAGCCAUUUAAAAUGAGGCAAAUCCAUCAGAAGUCAUAAAAAAAGAGGAAAAUGCUGGGUCUGGCAGCAGUGAGUUCUGUGAUUAAAGUCGAAGAGGAGGAGGAGGAGGAGGGGGACAGAUGAUAAAGCGCCAUUAAUCUGGAUUGGAUUGAACCAUUUCAAAUAAACAACAGCUCUGACGGGUUUGGAAGAGAUUCAAGAACAGCUGGACGAGCAGGAAAGCACAGCGUGCCAAUGUGGGACAAACAGCGGCCGUGUUGAAUCAGGCGACACAACCUUCAGCAUUAUUUUUGGAAUCGCAAGAACUGCUAUAUUGUGCAAAUGUAGAUCUGAUGUUUGCCAUUAUUUAUUGUCAUGUUUAUCUGUGUAAAAUAAAAGCAGGGGAUCGUGACGAAAA